AUGCAUCCCAGCAACCCAUUUUCCUCGCAAGAACCAGCCAGCAAGAACGCCUCCGGUCCCUUGCGAGUACCCCUCCCCAACGAGCCAUCUCCCCUGCUAUGUAUCGACGUCGAAAUCAACGGCCACCCCAUCACCGCACUGGCGUCCAUGGCAAACGAGAACUCAAUCAUAUCCCUCGAGCUAGCCGAACAGCUCUCCCUGCCCAUUGAAUUGCGAGAAUUCAAACACCCUGUCCGCUUGCUCAACGGCACAAUCGCCAAGGGGGAUGGGACAGUCCAAGUAGCCAUCACGCGCCGCGAUCACGAGCAGCACGGGUACCUACCAGGGCUCCAGAAGUGUGAUGUUUUGCCGGGAAGUAUUUACCCCCUCGUGCUGGGACAAACGAGCCUCUUGUUUUACUUGCAGGCGGUCCCCUAUUGGCGUGAAUGGCAUAGGCUUCUAUCCCCAGACCCCCCGCCGGAGUUUGACUUCAAGAUUCGAAUGUCUCUGCCCAGGCCCCCGCUGGGGGAUAGGACCGUGUUUAUCAGUGCGGUUGGGCAUCUGGCGUUUGAUGAUCUGGGUGGGGACCUUGCCGGUGAUGACGUCCCGUUUGUGUUGGAUGGUGCGAGUGCUUGUUGUAUCAUCUCUGGGAAUUACGCCAGGUUCAGGGGGAUGGACAUGGAGGAGCUCCCUCCGGGCGAGGCUUACACCUUGGUUUUUAUUGAUGGGUCAACCGCGGAAUGCUCGAUAGUUGUCAGGGGGGUGGAGUGGACGCCUUGGGGCAAUCCAGGGGCUGGAUAUAUUAUCAGAGGCCGGACUUGUUUUGUGGACUUUCUUGUUGUUGAGGAAUGCCCGGCUACGGUUAUUCUUGGGAGUAACUAUCUUGACGCGUUUGGGAUAUUGGAGGGGCCGGAGAAGGUUCCUGAUCUCGAAAGCUUCCAGAUUACUUCUCUGGGCUUCGCACCGUCACUGGAACAGUACCCUGAAGUUUCGUGGCUGUCGAAAGGAACGCGACCUGGCGUGAAGGUGGGGGAUACGUGGUUCGAAGUUGAGCUGCAGGUAGGGGUGACAAUGGUCGAAAGGGGCGCAGAAAGUGGUCUUGACAGCAAGGCGGCCAGUGAAAAACCGGCCGUUCAAGACAUUGGUCAGUGA